AUUACAGAAUUCCCACAAGCUGUGAGAAUGGAUGCAAACAACUCGCUGCAUAUUGUGACGCCCCUAAUUCCUAGUGCAGCUUUGUCACAGCUAUGUGGUCGUCAAGUGUUACUCAAGCUAGAAAAUUGCCAGCCAUCGGGGUCAUUUAAAAUCCGUGGGAUAGGAAACUUUGUUCAGAAGAGUAAAGAGAGAGGAUGCAAGCAGGUUGUUUCCUCUUCAGGCGGAAAUGCUGGUAUGGCAUCUGCAUAUGUGGCAAAAAUGUUGGGACUUCCAGCAACAAUUGUUAUUCCUGAGUCAACACCUAAGCUCAUGAUUUCACGGUUAGAGGAAGAGGAGGCUAAAGUCAUGGUUCAUGGAAGAAUUUGGAAUCUGGCUCAUGAGAAGGCACUAGAAAUAGCAGCCAGUGGAAAUUCUUGCUUAGUUCAUCCAUAUGACCAUGAAGAAAUUUGGGAAGGUCAUAGUACAAUAGUCACAGAGAUUCUUCAACAAACCAAAGCAAAACCUGCUGCUAUUGUUUUGUCUGUGGGAGGUGGUGGCCUUCUCUGUGGUGUAUUAAAAGGCUUACACAAACAUGAUGUUGAUAUUCCUGUUGUUGCCAUGGAGACGCAAGGUGCUCAUGCCUUCAAUGCUGCACUGAAAGCUGGGAAGCCUGUGUCUAUUGGGGAUAUUACAAGCAUUGCCAAGACUCUG